UUUUUUUUUUUUUAAUUGUAUUGGGAGCAGCAUCUAUGGUUAGCAAGGGAGGGAAGCAUCCGGGCCAGCUUAAAGAUGAUGUUGCAUCACCUGGCGGGACCACCAUUGCCGGUAUUCAUGAGUUGGAGAAGGGUGGGUUUCGUGGGAUCCUCAUGAAUGCUGUUGUUGCUGCCGCCAAGCGCAGCCAAGAAUUUUCCAAGAGAUAGUUUAUGAUUCUGCUUCCUCUGCUAAUUUUUCUGGUAAACAACCUUAAAAAGUAUGUGAUUUGAACAUGUUAGCUUUUGGCCAUUCUUUUUACUUAUUGUAUUGCCAGAAGACAUAUAUGAGGUCUAGAACUUCUGAUCAUGCAAUUUUGUUCACCGACUCUGGCAAUAUUUUUUUCGUAGUCGUAAUCUUUUGUUAGCCUUUGAGAAUAAAUGCUGAACAAAGAAUGAAAAACAAGUUUUCUGAAGCAUAUUCUCUCUUUGCUACCAUUACUUUCCAAUUACACUGCUUAUAUUUUUAAUGGGUAUGAGUUCUGAUU